AGCUGAAAUGAGGAUGUUCAGAUAGAUUAGUGGCAAGAUGAGGAGUUUGUUCCUUGUAGGAUUUUACAGCUUUGUAAAACUUCUAAGUCUCAUGGUGGAUGUGGCUACCAUAUGCUAGUUGUUGUCAUUUAUGCUGCUUUUGAUUCUUGAUUCACUUUCUAGUUAUUCUGCUUUUGAAGAAGUUCUCCCACAUGCUCCAACAUUGAUGAUUGAUGUGUUUGGCAAUUAUGUUAUUCAAAAGUUUUUUGAUCAUGGAAGCCCUGAGCAGAGAAAAGAACUAGCAAAUCAGCUUGCUGGCCACAUUCAACCUUUGAGCCUUCAGAUGUAUGGGUGCUGGGUAAUUCAAAAGGAUGAUGGAAUAUACGAAGCUGUUGUAGGAAGUGACUUUGUCAUUACUAGAGUUGCAUUUCGAGACAACUCUUUAAAUGUCUACAUAAAUGAUCGUGGAAGUAAUUUUAUAGAGGUCACUAAGAAAUUGAAAGGAAAAGGAGUGGACUUGGACAACAAUCGGUUUUUGAUUCUUCAGGUGGGUGAUGGGCUGAUGGCUAAAAAAGGCCAUCUUGAAAAAUCCAUUCAUCUUAAUGACACUUAUGAAGCCAUGGAUGAACUUACAAAGUUGCAGAACAAGACUGCUCAUAAGCUGGCCAUGGAAGUCAUCCGCAACUGA